AGUCUGCUGCUAAUAAUCAAUCAAUCAAGUCUUGAAAAGUUCAAAACUUUCGAAGUGAAUUAAACGAUAAAUAUUUGAAACGACACUCAAAAAUGUCAGCUAAAAUGGAUGAUUCGAACCAAAUUUCAUCUAGCUUUAGUCAUUUGCCUGAUUCUGAUGAUUAUAUUCGUAAACUAGAAACAAGAUUGUCCAAAGUGAAAGGAUUAAACAAAAGUCUAACUUCAAAAGAUAUGAUAACAGUCUUACAAAAGGCUAAGGAUGAUUAUAUGAGUCAUUUAAUAUCCUCAGCUACUGGACAACUAUCCUUUGAUGACUGUGAUGGAGAUAAAGAAGUUUCUGUAUCUUACGUUGAAAAAAAACUAUUUCCUGAGAAAAAUGGUGUAACGUACGAGGAAUUGCAGCAUCUCUUAGAAUCUGAUGUCCUAGCAAAAGUAUCCGCAGAGUAUAAUAGUGAAACAUCAACUGAUACUAGUGUUGACCGAUAAGCCUGAAAAAAAUAAUUCAUCUGACUGAUUAAAAGGAUUUAAACUUAAGCCUUUGUUUUCUUUUUGAAUGUUAUUUUCUAUUUAUUUAUCUGACAUAUCAUUGUUAACAGUGCUUUUCAACGCUUCUUCUGAAUCAUGUACAUUUCACUACUGUAUUUAACUGUUUAUUAUGAAUGAUAAUUAACUUUACUUUUUAUAGAUCUAUCGUACAGAUAUUGAAAAUUCUUUAAGAUACUUUAUUUACUAAUAUAUUUUUCUAAUUAUAUGUAUACAUUCCUGAUUUGUACAUAGGUUUGUUAAAUGCUUAUUAAAAGUUAUCUGUGUGUA